UCAUCAUAGGUCCCUUAGGCCACUUGGAUCUAGCACCUACCUAGGCCACUUGGAUCUAGCACCUACCGAGACGGGAAGCCAGAGUGAGAGCCGGGCCAGGGUGGAAGCAGACACAGUCACCGGGGUAACGGAUCUCGGAGGCGGCGGGGACCGGGUGGAUAUAGGCGACCAUGUAUGUGGCUCAGGCAGGUGGAGCAGGAAACAAGUCCAAAGCUGGGCAGGUGGGAUCAAGCGGAAGUGAAUCUGGAUCCUUCGGGCAGCAGAAGUACACAGCAGAGGAAUACCAGGCUGUACAGAAUGCGCUGCGUCAGAAGCUUGGACCCGAGUACAUCAGCAGCAGGCAGGCAGGGGGAGGACAGAAGGUGUGUUACAUCGAAGGGCAUCGGGUAAUCAGCUUGGCCAAUGAGAUGUUUGGGUACAAUGGCUGGUCGCAUUCCAUCACUCAGCAGAAUGUGGAUUUUGUGGAUCUGAGCAACGGGAAAUUCUACGUUGGGGUUUGUGCCUUCGUCAAGGUGCAGCUGAAGGAUGGCUCUUACCACGAGGACGUUGGCUACGGUGUCAGCGAGGGGCUGAAAUCUAAAGCUCUGUCCUUGGAGAAAGCUCGUAAAGAGGCAGUCACGGACGGUUUAAAGAGAGCGCUCAAGUGUUUCGGGAAUGCUCUUGGGAACUGCAUUAUGGACAAAGAUUAUCUCCGUGCUGUGAACAAGCUGCCAAAGCUGCCUCAGGGGGAUUUGGACGCGGCGCAUACUAAGCGCCAAGAUUAUGACGCUGCACUGGAAAAGGCGCGGUAUAAUAGCUUUCUGCAGGAACAGAAGCCCGUGGAGAACUCGCAUCUAGAGUCAGCGGAACGGCUGCAGCUGGGGUACAGCGACCAGUCUCCUUCCAAACAUCACCACGAGGACAGUACCAAGAAUAACCCAGACCCCAACCUGUGCAGUGCAAGCCACAGCUCUGAGUUUGAAGCGGGAGGAUCGGAGAUUGAUGCCACUUAUCAGCGCAAACUGCGACAAAAGCUAAUGCAGCAACGGUUCCGCGAGGAGAUGGAGAAGAAACAAACAGGGGGGUCCCUAGACCCAGGACCAGAUGGAACAUCUAACGCUCAGAGGGGUAGAUCUCAUAGCACUCCAGCCGCGCAGGCCUUGUCUGUCCCAGAAGACGAGUACCUGGCAGAUGAUCCAGAGCUUUGGGACUUCCCACUAGACCCCGUAGUGGUGGAUCAUUUCUCCAAUGGCAGCAUCCAGCGCUCGUCCACCUCCCUACCAGCUCCCGUAACCCCCCUUGGACAGCAUCAGAUGAUGACGCGGAGCAAGACCCCUCAGCGCCCAAACAGUACGCGCCAGGGAGUGCGGCCGAUCUCGUGGAGCCACGCACAUGGGAACCCAGCUGGACAGCAGAAAACAGAUAAGAGCCCCAAUUGGCAGAACCAGGGUCUUGCAGUGAAGAAGAGGCGGCUGGAUCCUUCCUGACUGAAACCUAGCGCCUCUGUAACUCAGAACCGCAGACUCUCCCGUGGAGCGUUAAAGGAUCCCGUCGUACGUUAAGCUGUGCGCUGUCUCCUUAUUACUGUACAUCAUGGAUUAUUGGAUAUUACCAGUCACAGGCACUCGGGAAGGACUCUGUACAGCGUGACAAAUCCAAGUAAUUUACUGCGGAUUACGUGUUAUUGGGUGAAUAUUCCGGUUGCUUUCAUUUGUACAGACUUGCUUUUAGUCAGUGUUUUAUAAUAUUGUAUGUUUUUAUAAUCUUCAAUAAAUUGUAUUAAUAUUAUUAAA